AUGUCCGGCGAAAUGGAAGUCGACCCCCCCGUCGCCCAGGACGAAGUUGAAGUUGAAGUUGAAGGUGAAGGUGCCCCCGCGCAGUCUGGCUUUGAGCCGCGGACGGACGCUGGAGCUGUCGCGGUGCGCAGCAUCGAGGGGUGGAUUGUGAUUGUGACGAAUAUCCACGAGGAGGCGUCUGAGGAGGACGUGACGGAUUUGUUUGCUGAGUAUGGGGAGAUUAAGAAUUUCAAUUUGAAUCUGGAUCGUCGGACGGGUUAUGUUAAGGGAUACGCCUUGAUCGAAUACAGCACCCUCCCCGAAGCCACGGAAGCCAUUAAAGCCCUCAACGGAGCCAAGCUCCUCGACCAAACAAUCCAGGUCGACUACGCCUUUGUGCGACCUCCCCCGACAGGCAAAGGGAAAGCCGGAGGACCGCGAAAUGGUGGCGGCGGCCGUGGAGGACGAGGCCGCAGCAGGAGUCGCGAGAGGAGUCGCAGCCCCGGCGCUGACAAGAGAGACUAG